GCUGGCCUGAGAGCAUCCUUGAGGGAUGCUCACGCCUCGUUCCCGCUGUCUCAGCCACCCCUUCCCCCCACAGGUCUCAUGGUACCAGGUGACGUGUCCCCCCCGUGAGAGUCACACCCCGAACCUGCUGAGAAGAUGUCAGGGAUGCAGGCCGUGUGGCCGUCCGGUACAGAAUGUAUCGCCAAGUACAACUUCCACGGUACCGCCGAGCAGGACCUGCCCUUCAGCAAAGGAGACGUCCUCACCAUCGUCGCCGUCACCAAGGAUCCCAACUGGUACAAGGCGAAGAACAAGGUGGGCAGGGAGGGCAUCAUUCCUGCUAACUACGUCCAGAAGAGGGAAGGGGUCAAAGCUGGCAUCAAGCUCAGCCUCAUGCCGUGGUUCCACGGGAAGAUCACGCGGGAGCAGGCGGAGAGGCUGCUGUACCCCCCCGAGACGGGGCUGUUCCUGGUGCGGGAGAGCACCAACUACCCCGGGGACUACACGCUGUGCGUCAGCUGCGAGGGCAAGGUGGAGCACUACCGCAUCAUCUACUCCUCCAGCAAGCUCAGCAUCGACGAGGAGGUCUACUUCGAGAACCUGAUGCAGCUGGUGGAGCAUUACACCACGGACGCGGACGGGCUCUGCACCCGCCUCAUCAAGCCCAAGCUGAUGGAGGGCACGGUGGCAGCCCAGGACGAGUUCUCCCGCAGUGGCUGGGCCCUCAACAUGAAGGACCUCAAGUUGCUACAGAUCAUUGGCAAAGGGGAAUUCGGAGACGUGAUGCUGGGGGAUUACCGGGGGAACAAAGUCGCCGUGAAGUGCAUUAAAAACGACGCCACAGCGCAGGCCUUCCUGGCGGAGGCGUCCGUCAUGACGCAGCUUCGACACAGCAACCUGGUGCAGCUGCUGGGGGUGAUCGUGGAGGAGAAGAGCGGCCUCUACAUCGUCACCGAGUACAUGGCCAAGGGCAGCCUCGUGGACUACCUGCGGUCGCGCGGGCGGUCGGUGCUCGGGGCAGACUGUCUGCUCAAGUUCUCCUUAGAUGUCUGUGAAGCCAUGGAGUACCUGGAAGCCAACAACUUCGUGCACCGGGACCUGGCGGCGAGGAACGUGCUGGUCUCGGAGGACAACAUCGCCAAGGUCAGCGAUUUCGGGCUCACCAAGGAAGCCUCCUCCACACAGGACACGGGCAAGCUGCCCGUCAAGUGGACGGCGCCAGAAGCACUUAGAGAAAAGAAAUUCUCCACCAAGUCGGACGUGUGGAGCUUCGGGAUCCUCCUGUGGGAAAUCUACUCCUUCGGGCGAGUGCCUUAUCCGAGAAUUCCCCUGAAGGACGUGGUGCCCCGCGUGGAGAAGGGCUAUAAGAUGGACGCUCCGGACGGUUGUCCGGCCGUCGUCUACGAGGUGAUGAAGAAGUGCUGGACCCUGGACCCCGGCCACCGGCCGUCCUUCCACCAGCUCCGUGAACAGCUAGUGCAUAUCAAAGAGAAGGAGCUCUACCUGUGAGGGGGGGGCUCUGCCACCCCACAGCCGCAGGGGACCCACGCUGGGGGGGUGGGGGGGACCAGGGUGUGGGCAGCCCCCCUGCCCCGCCACGGCACCAGGAGGGAGCCCCGGGGGGGUUUCCCCCACCCCCCAAUUCCCCCGGUUGCUUCCAAACUUCCAAAUCUGUCAGUUUGUAUUUUUAUUUUCUAGGUUUGGGGUUUUUUUUUGUUUUAAUUUUUUUUUAUUAUUUUUUUGUGGGUGU